AUGCCAGCACACACCUCUAAAGAAGCAGCCCUGAAGAUCGACAAAGUUCUGAAUGAGUUCGGUAGAUCUCCUCUACAUGGCACAGUACUUGCCGACUCUCUAAACUCCAGCCCUGAGAUAGUGUUGGCGAUACUUCUAGACGCUCUGAUCAAAGCAAGGCCAAUCUCUCACGAGUUGACGCAGAAAACCAUCAAAAAACUAAUCGAAGCCGAGUACUAUGACAUCAACAUACUUUCCAACAGUACAUGGCAAGAUCGAACAAUGGUUUUGCAAGCCGGGGGCUACAACCGGUAUCGAGAACAGUGCGCUACCAAUCUCGGUGAGCUCGCGAAGCUUGUUGUCGAGACAUACGAGGGGGAUUUGAACAAUCUCCUCCAGGACGCAAACUGCGAAACUGGCAAGGUUGGACUAUUGUUGAAGGAGGUCAAGGGAAUCGGUGACUUGGCAGUGGAGAUAUUUUUCAACAGUGUUCAAAGCGUAUGGCCAAGUAUUGCGCCUUUUAUCGAUUCACGAAGCUUGAAGACUGCAUCUGAGAUUGGGAUUGGAACUGAUUUAGAUAAUAUAUACAAUGCGCUGGAUCGGGACCCCGUACGCAUGAGUUGGUUCGCUAAUGGGCUCUCUGAGGUCCGGCUGGAGAAAAGACAGGAAGUAAUUGAGGAAGUUUAA